UCUUAGCCCAGGUCCCGCUCUUCUGAAGAACAUGGCUCCUUCGCUGCUGCUGCUGUCACUCCCAUGGCGGGUGCGUCCCGGACCACUCCAGAUGUGCUGGGAACUGCUACAGCGGCAACUGCAGCAGACCUGGAGCGGCUUUGCCAGUCCUCAGUGGGCACCAGCAUUAGCAGUCCAGAGUCCAUCCAUCCUCACAGAGCUAGCACAUGAUACCAGUGAAAAUAACGAGAAUUCCAGCUUUUUAGAUAGUAUCUUUUGGAUGGCAGCUCCCAAAAAGAGACGCACCAUCGAAGUUAACCGAUGUAGGAGAAGAGACCCUCGAAACCUUAUUAAAAUUAAGAACAAUAUAGACAUUUGCCCUGAAUGUGGUCAUCUGAAGCAGAAACAUGUCCUUUGUGGCUAUUGCUAUGAGAAAGUACGCCAGGAGACAACAAAAAUCAGACAACAAAUAUGGGCUCAAGAGGGGGGUCCUUUCAAAGCUCCUUCGGUUGAGACUGUGGUGCUGUACACAGGAGAGAAACCGUCAGAAAAGGAUCAGGGCAAGAGGAUUGUUGAAAGAAACAUAAAGAGGCCAUCUUGGUUCACCCAGAAUUGAACUAAAAAAUAUUAAAAGGAAAAUUCAUAGUAAGGCAGUUAUUUAAAAUUAGGAGUCUUCAUUUUCAUGUUGUACCUGUUUUCAAAUCAUCAGUGUAUUUUAAAAUGGUUGUUGUUAGCUGUUACUUUUAAAUGAGGUAAUUUGAAAACCAUAUCAUGAAUAAACUCAGCAUUUUAUAUAAAGGCUCGGUGGAUUAAUUUGUGUAUUUCUAUAAUGCUGUUGGGUUUUAAUUAAACCUAAAAUUUCCAGACCAAAGCAAAAAGGUAAUAAAAUUCAUAGCAGAUUUUA